UUUGUGUGUGUUUUUUCUUGUCAGGGUGUUAGAGGGGAUUACUUCAAUGAGGGAAUUAAAGGAGAGCAAGGGAUUGUUGGUUUCCCUGGGGUUCGGGGUCUUUCAGGAUUUCCUGGUCGGGAUGGAGCAGCAGGACCCGAGGGUAUGCUUGGAGAGAAAGGGCUUCCAGGACUCAAUGGAAGAGUUGGACCAAAGGGUUACCCAGGGGAUGUAGGUCUCCCUGGUCCACCUCAAUUUUAUGAUGGAAGGGAUGCCAGAGGUCAUAAAGGGGAUCGUGGUUAUCCCGGAAUACCUGGGCCCCCCGGUGACCCAGGGUUCAUGGGCAUGCAUGGACCUCCUGGCCCACCAGGGAUGACAAUACCAGAGGUGCCCGGUCGACCUGGUCCACAAGGACGAACUGGUGAAAAGGGAUACAAGGGAGAGCCAGGAAGGUAUAGUGACUUUGAGAUCAGACAGUAUCCAGGACCAAAGGGCUCUAAAGGACCCCCUGGAAGUAAAGGUGUCACAGGUCUCCCAGGUCCUCCAGGAUGUGGAGAUUACUAUUGUGAGCCUGGAUACCCAGGGGACCCUGGAGCCCCAGGACCCAAAGGAUUGCCUGGAAAUCCUGGGCUCAAAGGAAUUAAAGGUUGCGAAGGGAAAUGUGAAUGUCGGUCAGGUGGCGGAAACCAAGGGCCCCCUGGUCCCCCUGGUUAUACAGGACCCCCAGGGUUACCUGGAACACAAGGACUAAAGGGAGAUCCAGGACCAAAGGGAGAGGAGGGUUUCAGAGGACAGCAAGGCUAUCAAGGAUUGCCUGGUUUUAAAGGACCGAAGGGUCAAAAAGGGGACUCUUUUGUGGUGGGUGUUAAAGGUGCCAAGGGUAAUAUAGGAGUUCCAGGAUAUUCUGGUCCUUCUGGAGCACCAGGUAGACCAGGCCGCGAUGGCCCGCCUGGCCCUGCAGGAGACCGUGGACCACCAGGUGCUGGAUAUGUAGGACUACCUGGUCCCAAAGGUGACCCUGGUGGUCCUGGAAAUAAAGGUUUUCCAGGGCCUGUUGGCCCUGAAGGUACUGGUUUUCAAGGCCCCAAGGGGCUACCUGGAACUAAAGGAAAUCAGGGAAAUCCUGGCCAUCCUGGAAUUCCCGGGAGAUCAGGCCCACCAGGUGAGACUGAGCCAUGCUGUGAUGAUCAGGAAAUUGGGUCACCUGGUCGUAAGGGGGAACCAGGUCUACUAGGGUUUCCAGGUGCGCCUGGAAGAGACGGUCUUCCUGGAGCUCAGGGACAUCCAGGCCCUAAAGGAUUGAAAGGAGAAGACGCCAGAUCUGGAGGGUUUGGACCACCAGGACCUCCAGGUAUAAAUGGGGAUUCUGGUAACCCUGGUCCAAGUGGACUACGCCUGGAUGGGCCUCCAGGCCCUCCCGGAUUACCAGGACCACCAGGCAGAAAGGGUGCACCUGGAGAUGUUUUCUCUGCCAGGCCAGGUGAUCCUGGUCCACCUGGCCGCCUUGGAGCUAUAGGGGCAAAGGGAUUCCAUGGCCUUCCUGGAAACCCAGGGUCUCCUGGUGCACAAGGCCAACCUGGACGCCCAGGCCAUAAAGGAGAGCCUGGAGACAUUGGUGAUCCUGGAGCUACUGGUCUCCCAGGCCUACCCUGCACCCUGUGUGACCUGCAUGGACCUCAAGGCCCUCCAGGAUCUCCAGGAAACCUUGGAUUGAGGGGGACACCAGGCUACCCUGGUCAGAAGGGUUAUAAGGGACAAACAGGUCCAUCUAGCCAUGGACGGAAGGGACCACAAGGUUUCCCUGGUCCUCCAGGUCUGCCAGGCCCAGUCGGACCAAGAGGCCCCACUGGCCCCUCAGGAGAUCAUGGAGCAGAUGGCUUCCCAGGACAGAAAGGUGAAAGAGGGUACUCUGGUAGACCUGGGUCCAGCGGUUUACCAGGUCGCCCUGGACCUCCAGGAUCAAGAGGUAAACAGGGAGAGAGAGGCUUUAAUGGCCGCCAAGGUCCCUCAGGAUACCCUGGACCCCCUGGUUAUAUAGGUUUACGUGGACCACCAGGAAAACCAGGACCUUCACGGAUUGUGAAUGUGGCAAAAGGACAAACGGGACCUCCAGGAAGGAAUGGACAACCAGGAGAACAGGGACCUCAAGGCUCAAAGGGCCCAAAAGGAGUCCCAGGUGAUUCUGGUUCAGAUGGAUGGGCUGGUCCUCCAGGGUUUAAAGGCAGCACUGGUGCUCCAGGCAGGGGAGGAGUACCAGGAACUCCAGGACCCCCUGGAGACAAAGGUUUCCCUGGUCCAAAGGGGCACACCGGACAUGGUGGAGAUCCGGGAGAUCAAGGCCCAUUUGGCCCUUCAGGUAUCCCAGGACUGCCAGGAUUCCCAGGGUCCAAGGGUGACCCUGGACAGUCUUAUGGACAACCUGGUCCACCUGGACUCAAAGGACUGCCUGGGGAGGAUGGACCCAGUGCAAUCAGAGGGAUUCCAGGAGAUCCAGGUGACCCAGGAUCCCCAGGAAGCUGUGGACAGCCAGGACCACAAGGCUACCCAGGGGAUCCAGGAAGACAAGGAGAACCAGGCUUUCCCGGGCCACAUGGCCGACCAGGUCAUCCAGGCGUUCCUGGUGUUCCAGGCGAUGGUGGAGGACAGGGACCACCGGGCCCACCUGGCCCAAAUGGGCCUCAAGGGCCUCGGGGGCCACCAGGUCUGGAUGGACUGAAUGGGCUUAGAGGACCAAAAGGAAUGAAAGGAGCAAGCGGCAUAGGUAACCCUGGCCCUCCUGGACCAGAUGGUUUUCCUGGAGUCAAAGGUCUCAUGGGCAUUCCAGGACCUCCAGGAGCCUCUAACCCUGGACCUAAAUGCCAGAGGGGCCCACCUGGCAGCACAGGCCUUCCAGGUAUCCCAGGUGGACAUGGUUACCCCGGUGUAGAAUGCCACACACCAAUGCCUGGAUCCCGAGGAGAUACAGGAUAUGAAGGACCACCAGGGCCUCCAGGUCCUCAUGGAAAUCCAGGCCGUCCAGGCAGCAGCAUUUCCACCAAAGGAGACCCAGGUCCAAUUGGUUUCCCUGGGAUGCCAGGUCGAAAGGGAAGUAAAGGAUUUCCUGGAUCCCCUGGAUCUCAGAACUACCUAGGCUUUCCUGGGACAAAAGGUGAGAGAGGCCCUGAUGGUCCUAGGGGUUUUCCAGGACCCAAAGGACCGAGAGGUAACCCUGGGCCUUUUGGUCCCAAGGGAGUAAGAGGCCCAGGUGGUGACAGAGGUGCCAAGGGUCCUCCUGGUGAUUCCAUUCAUAUACCCCCAAUGGAGUCUUUUCAUGGUCUUCCAGGACAACGUGGUGACCCAGAGUCUGUGGGAUCUCCUGGAUAUGCUGGUCCUCUAGGUCCUCCUGGACGCAAAGGAGAGAAGGGCACUAUGGGAUCUCUCGGCUUCACUGGCACUCCAGGUCCUCCUGGUUAUAAUGGUCCUGUUGGAGACCCAGGUGAUGCUGGUCAGCAAGGAUUUCCAGGUCCUCAAGGUACAUUAGGUCAACCUGGUGAUCCAGGUGAGCCAGGCCAUAGGGGGGCCAGGAGGUCAGGCUUCCUGUUGGUGAUUCACAGCCAGUCUGUUCAGCUGCCAAAGUGCCCUGACGGCAGCGGUCAACUUUGGUGGGGCUACAGUCUAGUCUACUUGGAGGGACAAGAAAAGGCUCACACUCAAGACCUGGGCCAGGCCGGCUCCUGCCUCCCUGUUUUCUCCACCAUGCCUUUCUCCUACUGCAACAAAGCAGCAUGCCACCACUCCAGCCGCAAUGACAAAUCCUAUUGGCUUUCCACCACCGCUUCUAUACCCAUGAUGCCAAUGUUUGGCCAGGAGAUUAGCUCCCACAUCAGCCGCUGUGUGGUGUGUGAGACGGUGUCACCCGCUGUGGCUUUUCACAGCCAGGAUCACACCGUCCCUGCAUGCCCACCUGGCUGGAGGAGUCUGUGGACAGGGUACUCAUUCCUCCUGCACACGGGGGCUGGUGAUGAGGGCGGUGGCCAGUCUUUGACAUCUUCAGGUAGCUGCUUGAAGGAUUUCCGGGCUCACCCCUUCAUUGAGUGCCAGGGUGCGAGGGGUUCCUGCUUCUACUUUUCUAAUAUGUACAGUUUUUGGCUGACUACUGUUGGUCAAACAGAGCAGUUUGUUACCACGAUGCCUGGCACCAUAAAGGCAACUGACCAGCAGAGACGCAAGACCAGUCAGUGUCAUGUCUGCCGCAGGGGGCUCUGAAGUCCCUUUUGUCUUUGGGUUGUAACUUAAAUGAUUGUUUGCACUUUUGAUUCAUUAUGAUAACUGUUACCACUCUCAUGUAUAAAAAAUGUAUUGGAUGAAAAAAGCGGCUUGCAAUAUGAAGUGUCAGCUUGCUAGCUGGCAUCUUUUUUUUAACUUUUGAAUAAUGUUGGUGUGUAUUUUAUCCUUUUUGAUCUUUAUUUUCAGUGAUGUGCUAUUUCUAGUGAUGAAAAUGUUGAAAAUAGAUCAAGUUGCUGCUGUUCCUCCUCAAAAAUGUUUAGAACUUUUCAUGGGUUAAGUCAUUCAGGGUCUAACAAAAAAAAUAAAACGACCUGCAGAAAUACCAAGAUAAAUAAUUUCCACAGGACUCAAUUUUCCAUA